AUGAACCAUCUGUUCACAUAUAGCAACCAGGAUUUCGUUGCCGAUUUAUAUCGGGCUAAAAAAGAUGCCGCGGGGACGGUGCCAACAUCGUCGAAUUUUGACACGGUCCUGAAAGCGGGCUGGACUGACAGGAUGAGCAGGGGGCUGUUCCGCUACCACCUCGGCGACCUGCAGACGCGGAUCUUACCUGGAAGGCGCUGCUAUGUCGCUCAGCUAAACAUCCAGAGAGGACUGCAGAGGAGAAAACCCCAGGAGAUAUUAAGCAUCCGCCAGCAGUUCAACGCCACGCAGUUCAACUUCAACAAAAUCAAUCCGCGUGAAGUUAUCUUUGAGAUGGCGAAGCGCCCCGGACACUGCGCAGCUUCCGCUGAAAACGAGCGAUCUUGUGAACCUUGUAGGAUGCUGGUGUUGGUCAACGUUAGUCCCCUUGAGUUUGGACAUUGUCUGUUUGUCCCAGAGCCGUCACGUUGUCUUCCACAGAUCCUGACCCGGUUUGCCAUCCGGACUGGGAUCGAGUCUGUGCUCCUGAGCGCUGACCCUGGUUUUCGUGUAGGGUUCAAUAGUCUCGGAGCAUUUGCGUCAGUCAAUCACUUACAUUUGCAUGGAUAUUAUCUAAACCAUGAACUACAUGUGGAGUGGAUGACAGCUAAGCCAUUGGUUCCUGAAAGGGGAUUUUUCCGCUUGGCAGAGUUCCCUGCAGGCUUCUUGUUUUACACAGAGGCAGAUGACGUGGAGAAGGUUGCCGGGGCCAUUUCUCAAGUCACCGACUUUCUUGUAGAUGCCAAUAUAGCUCACAACCUCUUCUUUACCCGUGGAUGCUCACCCUAUGAAGUAGAGGACGAAAAUGAACACACUCCAAAGAGAGGUGUGCGUAUUAUUGUGUGGCCCAGAAAAUCCUGUUUUGGUGCAAAAGAGGGAUCUGCCUUCAAUGUUGCACUGUGUGAGCUAGCUGGACAUUUGCCUUUUAAGAACAGAGAUGACUUUGAUCACAUGACUGAAAAGGAUGUAAUGGAUGUCGUUCAGGGUUAUCUUCUACCUAACGAGGAGCUUCUCAAGUUGCAGCAGCAGCUUACUGCUCAUUUAACUGACUAA